GCUUAGCACUAUUUAUAUAUCUAGAAUAACCAUCCAUCAACCCCUCUUUCCUCGUGGUGCGAGAGAAUUUACUGUGAAUAUUGCCUGUUACUUCAUAUCAUCAACCUCUUCUACUUUUUAAUAUCUUUGAUCGCGGUACUUCGUCUCUACGGAGUACUUACCUGCCGAGUGCAUCUUAUCUCCUUCUAGUUAUCUUAUAUAGUUUAUUGUCUUCCAUACUCUGCCGCUUGGCUGUUGAUCCACUGGGCUGUAUGUGGUGGUGAUCUCCUCAUGGCAGGAGACCCCGAGAAGCCCAGCGAGGCGGCGGCGCAGCCGGCGGUGCAGAAAACAAGCAACUCCUCUCCCGGGACCGGGCCGUCGUCAGCAUCCGGCUCGACGGUCGGCGAUGGCGAUAACCUCAAGAAGCUAGAUUCCAAGCUAGCCAACGAGAAACGGGAGUCUAGCCUUGAUGACUCCUUGGCUCAUCUACUAGAGCACGAACGGGAUAUUAUCAAGCAACAGCUUGAGAUUCCUGAGACGAAAGUGAAAUUUUUUACGCUAUAUCGAUAUGCGACGACAAACGACAUCAUUAUCCUCUUGGUCAGCGCCGUUGCGUCCAUCGCAGGUGGAGCCGCGCUGCCGUUAUUCACAAUUCUUUUCGGUCAGAUGGCUGGGACUUUCCAGCGUAUCAUUCUGGGUACUAUAUCUUAUGAUGAAUUCAAUGACACCCUGUCCAAGUAUGCUCUCUACUUUGUAUAUCUAGGAAUUGCUGAAUUCGUCUUGAUUUACACAUGUACGGUUGGAUUCAUCUACACUGGUGAACAUAUCGCGCAGAAGAUUAGAGAGAGGUAUCUCGAUGCGAUUCUGCGGCAGAAUAUCGCCUUCUUUGACAAGUUGGGCGCCGGAGAGAUUACCACCCGGAUUACAGCUGAUACCAACUUGAUUCAAGAUGGUAUAUCGGAGAAAGUCGGCUUGACGCUGACCGCUCUUGCAACGUUCAUCACAGCAUUCGUCAUAGGCUUCAUCAAGUACUGGAAGUUGACCUUGAUCUGCUGCUCGACUGUGGUCGCCAUCGUCACUAUCAUGGGCGGUGCAUCUAGAUUUAUAAUCCGCUUCAGCAAGAAAAAUGUGGAAAGCUACGGCGAAGGUGGCACUGUCGCCGAAGAGGUGUUGAGCUCGAUUCGAAAUGCAACGGCCUUUGGAACCCAGGAGAAGCUCGCAAAACAAUACGAUGCGCAUCUGCUCGAAGCACAAAAAUGGGGUACCAAACUUCAAAUGACAAUUGGAAUCAUGGUCGGCGGCAUGAUGUCAAUCAUCUUCUUAAACUAUGGAUUGGGGUUUUGGAUGGGUUCACGUUUUAUCGUCAGUGGGGAAACAGAAUUGGCCAAUAUAAUCACCAUUUUACUUGCGAUUAUCAUUGGAUCUUUCAGCCUGGGAAAUGUGACCCCAAAUGCGCAGGCAUUCACCUCUGCUGUUGCUGCCGGAGCAAAGAUAUUUAGCACGAUCGACCGAAAGUCUCCAAUCGACCCCACGUCAGAAGACGGAGAAACCCUGGAGAAAGUGGAGGGGAAUAUUGAAUUCCGUGAUAUCCGACAUAUCUAUCCCUCCCGUCCGGAGGUGGUUGUUAUGAAAGGUGUUAAUCUUUUCGUGCCAGCCGGUAAAACUACUGCUUUGGUUGGACCAUCUGGAUCAGGUAAAAGCACUGUGAUUGGUCUUCUGGAGCGAUUCUAUAAUCCUGUCGGUGGCUCCGUUCUGGUUGAUGGUGUUGAUAUACAGAACUUAAACCUCAAGUGGCUCCGUCAGCAAAUCUCUCUUGUAAGCCAGGAACCGACUCUUUUUGGUACCACCAUCUAUAACAACAUCAAGCAAGGCCUGAUCGGUUCGCCAUUUGAAUUGGAACCCGACGAAAGCGUGCGACAACGCAUUGAAAACGCAGCAAAAAUGGCAAAUGCACAUGGUUUUAUUAUGGGAUUACCUGAGAAAUAUGAAACUCAUGUCGGCGAACGUGGUUUCCUUCUUUCUGGUGGCCAGAAACAGCGAAUUGCUAUUGCCCGGGCUAUUGUGAGCGAUCCAAAGAUUUUGUUGCUUGAUGAAGCCACCUCUGCCCUGGAUACCAAAUCUGAAGGAGUUGUGCAAGCGGCAUUAGAUGAAGCUUCAAAGGGAAGAACGACAAUCAUCAUCGCCCAUCGCCUAUCGACUAUCAAGACCGCUGACAAUAUUGUUGUUCUCGUUGAUGGUCGCAUUGUGGAACAAGGCACGCAUGACGAGCUGGUUGAACGUGACGGCACCUACCUUCGGCUUGUGGAAGCGCAAAGGAUUAACGAAGAGCGAGACACUCAAGCUAUGGCUGAUUCCGACGAUGGCGAGGAAUCGCCCAUGGGUAGUGACGCUGACGCGCUUCGCCUUCAGAAGUCGAUAACCGCUGCCAGCAAUGCAUCGAGAAGAUUUGCGGAUGAGAAAAUGGAUUUAGAGCUUCAGAAAACGGAAACUAAGAAAUCAUUGUCAAGCGUUAUCCUUUCCAAGCGCGAGCCCGAAAAGAAUAAGGAGUAUGGCCUUGGAACAUUAAUCAAAUUCAUCUCCUCCUUUAAUGCCGCGGAGUGGAAAUUGAUGGUUACCGGUCUCGCCGUUUCCAUUAUAAGUGGAGCUGGACAGCCGACUAUGGCAGUCUUCUUUUCAAAGUGCAUCUCCACCCUGGCCCUACCGCCGCCACUUUAUGACAAGCUUAGAAGCGAUGCAAACUUUUGGUGCCUGAUGUUCUUGAUGUUGGGAAUCGUCAUGUUCUUCUCCUACAGUAUCCAAGGAUCUCUUUUCGCAUACUGCUCCGAAAAAUUAAUUUAUAGAGCAAGAAGCAAAGCUUUCAGGUCAAUGCUUCGACAAGAUAUCGCAUUCUUUGACGUGGACGAAAACAGCACCGGAGCUCUGACGUCCUUCCUAUCAACUGAGACCAAGCACUUGUCUGGCAUUAGUGGAGUGACCCUCGGAACCAUCCUGAUGGUUACCACAACUCUUGCUGCAUCUAUGGUAGUGGGUCUCGCAAUUGGAUGGAAAGUUGCCCUUGUUUGCAUUUCCUGCGUCCCAGUUUUACUGGCCUGCGGAUUCUAUAGGUUCUGGAUUCUGGCAGCAUUUCAGAGGAGAGCUAAAAAGGCGUACGAAGCCUCCGCUAGCUACGCUUGUGAAGCGACAUCUGCCAUACGCACUGUGGCCUCUCUAACUCGUGAACCCGACGUCUCCGGAACAUAUCAUGGUCAGUUGGUUGUACAGGGAAAGAAGAGUUUAGUGUCCAUUUUGAAGUCUUCGACCCUCUACGCGGCCUCGCAGUCCUUCAUGUUCUUUGUCCUCGCUCUUGGAUUCUGGUAUGGUGGGACGCUGUUGGGCAAGGGCGAAUAUACGCUGUUCCAGUUCUUCCUGGCAUUUUCAGAAGUUAUUUUUGGUGCUCAAUCUGCCGGAACCGUCUUUUCUUUUGCGCCUGAUAUGGGUAAGGCGAAGAGUGCUGCGGCAGAUUUCAAAAAGUUGUUUGAUCGAAGACCUCCAAUCGAUACUCUCUCUAAAGAGGGCGAUGAUGUGGAGCAUAUUGAAGGAACAAUUGAGUUCCGCGAUGUGCAUUUCAGAUACCCAACACGACCUGAACAACCUGUGUUGCGCGGCCUUAAUCUUAGCGUCAAACCAGGGCAGUAUGUCGCGCUGGUCGGACCCAGCGGAUGUGGAAAGAGUACAACGAUUGCCCUGCUUGAACGGUUCUAUGACACUCUGUCUGGGGGUGUCUAUGUUGAUGGAACCGACAUCACACGGUGGAACGUGAGUGCCUAUAGAAGCUUUUUGGCUCUUGUCAGCCAGGAACCCACCCUCUACCAGGGUAGUAUCAGAGAUAACAUCCUUCUGGGAAUAACCGAGGACGACGUGCCUGAAGAAGCCAUUAUUGAAGCCUGCAAAGCUGCAAACAUUUAUGAUUUCAUCAUGUCGCUUCCCGACGGUUUCUCCACGCUUGUGGGAAGCAAAGGCAGCAUGCUCUCUGGAGGGCAAAAGCAGCGUAUCGCCAUUGCCCGCGCUCUGAUUCGAGACCCUAAAAUCCUGCUCCUUGACGAAGCGACGUCUGCUCUUGACUCAGAAUCUGAGAAGGUUGUGCAGGUUGCUCUUGACGCGGCCGCCAAGGGCCGUACCACCAUUGCUGUCGCCCAUCGACUGAGCACAAUCCAAAAGGCGGACGUUAUUUAUGUCUUCGACCAGGGCCGUAUAACGGAGAGCGGUACGCAUUCGGAAUUACUCGCAAAGAAAGGACGUUAUUAUGAGCUCGUGCACAUGCAGAGUCUGGGCAAAACUCAUUGA